AUGUUGAAAAAGAAGAGGCAACGACCUUCAAGAUGCAUCGCAGUGACGUCAGGCCUGCGCACGGGCGGGUCGGGGAACGGCCGGGUCAGCCUGACUGUGCCGAUCAGCCUGGUGUGGAUCGUCUCGGCUCUGCUCGCCAUCCCGGACGCCAUCUUCUCCAAAACGGUGCAGUUUCACGCCGCGGACUUCGCGCUCAUGGCCCUGCCGUCCGCCCCCGGGAUGGCCAGCCCCGCCGGCGGGAACGUGUCCCUCCCGGGCCCGCUGCCGCUGCUCCCGGAGAAUUCACAGACGUACUGUCGCCGCAUCUGGAGCAUCGACCAGCAGUUAGCCUACAAAGCGAACUACCUGUUCCUGUUCGUGGCCGAGUUCGCCAUCCCCGUGGUCAUCAUGACGGUGUGUUCGGCCCUGGUCGCCCGGAAGGUCUGGGACCGCAAGUUCCCGGGGAACGUCAACCCGUGGCAGCUCCGCGCCCAGAAGCGCUCCCGCAGGAAGACGGUCCUUCUCCUGCUCCUGGUGGCGUCCUUCUGCCUCUGCCUCGGUCCUUUCUACGUCUACGCGCUCAUCCGCGACUUUUUCGGGCACCUCCUGCACGUCGAGUCCACCAACACCAUGAUCUUCUACGUCGUGGAGGCCGUUGCCAUGGCAAACUGCCUGAUUGACACCCUGGCGUACGUCGCCGUGGACAACCGGAUGAGGAGAUACAUCGGGAAGCUUCUCGUAUGCUUCACCUGUCAAUCGAAGGAGAAUUCCGCGCCGGCGGACGCCGAGACCAAGAUGGCGAGGUCGUCGACUUACGGACACCCCCCGAUCGAGAUGCGCGUGCGCAGAGCUAACACAGAUACCUGUUUGUAAGAGACACAGCCAUUGGACAAUACCUAUUGUCAAAUUGCCGGAUUACGCAAUCCUCUGACACACGAAA